AUGGCUCUGAUGAAACUGUUGCUGGUGCAUCUCAUUUGGUGCGGCGUUCGUGGUUUUUGGGGCGAAGCAACAAGCAUUUCCGAGGAUGAUUCGGAGAUAGAGGCACAACUAAAGAUUUUGAAUAACCCUGCCGUCAAGACAUUUGUGAGUAAAGAAGGAGAGACCAUCGAUUGUAUACCUAUUCACAAGCAACCAGCAUUUGAUCAUCCUCUACUCAAAAAUCAUAAAAUUCAGCUAGAACCCAAGUUGCCUCCUUUUGAAAAGAUGGUUUAUAUGGCGGACGAUAACGUAGAAAAUAUCAAAUAUGGAGCUGGUGCGAGGAUGACCAUCUACAAUCUAACUCUUGCUCCCGACCAGUUCAGCUCACACCAUAUAUGGCUUCAAACCGGUCCUCCAGAUCAUAUCAGCUUGAUCGCAGCAGGUUGGCGGGGCGAUGGUUAUCGUAAUGGGUGCUAUAACGUUCGAUGUCCAGGUUUUGUUCAAGUAGAUAGGGAAGUAACAACCAAUUAUCCAUUCUACGAUACUUCUGUCCCCGGCGGGACCCGAUAUGAGCUAUUGCUUCGAAUUGAACAGGACUUGCAUACUGCGAAUUGGUGGCUGAUCGUGAAAAAUGAUCCUCCAGUUAAAGUGGGUUAUUGGCCGAAGGAACUAUUCGCCAAUCUACGCAACGGCUCGCUGCAUGCAGCUUGGGGAGGAGCUGGCCAAGAGGCAAGCAAUGGAUACUGUCCUCCAUUGGGAAGUGGCCGUUAUCCCGACUCUAGUUACGAGUAUGCCGCAUACUUCAGUCACAUGUACUGGCUCUACAGAGGAAGUGCCCGCCUUCAACCUUCCAAUAAAAUUCAAGAAUGGGUCGACAAGUCCAACGUUUAUGCCUUGAAGAACGAUGGCAAUGUGCGGAAAAUGGGGUACACGCUUAGCUAUGGAGGCCCGGGAGGUUAUUGUAGAGUACAAUGA